AACAUUAGUUAUCAAGAAUAUUAGCUACGAAGAACACAUGGAUUUAGUUUGCUGAUAAAGACAACAGGAAAGAUAGACAAUCAGCGUUUUGCUUCGUGUCCAUUCCGUCUGUGAAAUCAACUGCAUAUAUUAUUUUAAUCGCACUUUAGCAAACAUUGAUGCACACGACCUUUAGUCGCUGGAAAACUACCGCGGAAGUCUAAUUGCUAUUACGCCAUUUUGUCCUCAACCUGUUGUAAUGGUAAAUUCUUUUCGAUCAUCCAUCAAACUCCUAUCAACUCGGAACAAUCAGUCAAUUACUGGCAGCUGGUCAACGUUCAUCAUAUGCUGUAUGGAUCACUUUUUGGUCGCAUUUUCAAUUCUUCUACUUUUUGUGACCCUUUCAUCCUCUGAUCAAGUGAUUUUAGAGAAACAGCCAACAUCAAGUAAGAGCUGGAUCUGGGAUGCAUUAAGGCCACUUGGUGUAUCCGGUGGGCCGGCCGGGUGGGUGAAGCCGACACAUUACCAAACCUGUGAUAUUUCUCUGAAUGGACACCCACAACCAAACAACUGGCUUCGAAGUAAACCUAUAGGGAUCCACAGUGGAGUGAAAGUAGUCGACAUUACUAUUGAGUACCUAACUAAUAACUGUUCGUCCUAUUCUGACAAUGGAGGAAAAUAUUGCAAAGAGUAUUUCGACUUAUACGUGCAUCAGUCUGCGCAACCAACAGAACCCCACCCUCUAACAGACAAUGCUUCUUAUGACAAGAUUGCUAGAACAGCUCCGUCAGCUCUUGGCAUCAGAGUGUCUCAAACGUUUAGAGUAACUGUUAAAGGAAAGUACAUCGUAUUGGCUUUUCAUGACCAGGGUUCUUGUACUGUCCUUUACUCCGUCGCUGUUAAAUAUUACUUCUGCCCAGAGACAGUUCAUGUUGGUGGUUUGGUGUACUUACCACGUACAACGGCUCCAGCAAACAACUCAGUGCCAGUUUUAAGUAAAUGUAUUAAAAAUGCCGUCCACGACCAAGGUAUUUUAAGGGUGAACUGCCAAAGUGAUGGGAUCUGGAAUAUGAGUUCACUUAAAGGAAAUUGUAUAUGCCAGGAAGACAUGGAAAAUGCAGGAGGAGACUGUAAAGAGUGUCCGGAAGGUAAAUACAAUGAUCAAAAUGGCUUUAAUUGCACAGCUAUACCGUCAGCCCCGCAAAAUGUCCAAGUUAUCUUCGUCAACCAAAGCGCGCUGGAGAUACAAUGGCAGCGUCCUGCAGUCACCGGUGAUCAGACAAACAUAUUUUAUGAAGUUGAAUGCCGUCGACCCUGUGAAAGGGAAGACGAAAGCGAGUGCGUUGAUAAAGCUUGCGGGAGUGAUGUCAUUUUUAAACCGAGAAGGGAUGGCGUGAACAUUACUCACAUUACUGUUGGAAACCUUACCUCAUUUGUAAACUACACCAUUAAAGUGUAUGGUAGGAAUCGAGUGAGCAGUGUGGCGAAAAUGAAACAUGGAAUCCAGGCGAACUUCGCGGCAAUUACCAUAAGGACCAACGGAUCACUUCCAGGUAAACCGGAAGUGUCUGUUGAACAACCGGAAGAGACGGUGAUUGUAUCUUGGACUCUAAAGGAAAAGAACGGCAUCAUCAAAGAGUAUUAUGUGACUUAUGUAAAUGAGGAUGAUUCGUCUGAAACCAAGACUCUCAUCACUAAGAAAAUGGAAGCGCAGUUUGAUUUGAAGGCGGGAAAAUCUUAUGAAUUUCAGGUAUUUGCUAUAAACGACAUCGGAAGGGGCCCUGCUGGGAUCAAGACGUACACGCUGAGAAAAGAUAACUCGAAGAAAAUACAGCUUAUUGUUUACAUAGCUGGGGGAGGAGGAGCACUGCUGCUUAUUAUACUGAUAGUAGUCAUUGUUGUCUGCGUCGUGUCUCAUAGAAGGAGAAGUAAAAAGAGCGUAGAGGAAGCCUAUAUGCAAGCCCUUCAGCAAGGAAAUGAGCUACAAACCACGAAUCCUCAAGACAAGCGAACUUACAUCGAUCCUAACGACUACAUCGACGUUCAAGAACUUCUGACAUCAUUCACGACUGAACUAAAAAGAAGUGACAUUAAACUCGACGGAGUUAUCGGACAAGGGGAGUUUGCGGAUGUGUACAAAGGAAUAUUAAAGUCUCGCGAAGGCAAAGGAGUGGUUGCUGUCAAAGUCUUGAGGCCUGGUUCCAGCGAGAAAAAUCAGAAAGAUUUUCUUUCCGAGGCGUCCUUAAUGGGCCAAUUUGAUCACCCAAAUGUUAUCCGCCUCAUCGGAGUGGUGACACGAAGUAGACCAAUGAUGAUCCUAACGGAAUUUCUGGAAAGUGGAUCACUGGAUCACUUUUUAAAGGACCGACAGGGUCAGCUGACGAGCCUUCAGUUGAUUGGAAUGGCCAGAGGCGUGGCUCACGGGAUGAAGUACCUGUCAGAAUUAAACUUCAUUCAUCGGGAUCUGGCCGCUCGCAACGUUCUUGUGGGUGAAAACAUGUUGUGUAAAGUAUCAGAUUUUGGUCUUUCAAGAGAACUGGCGGAGGACGAUGAGGCACAAGCUGAAUACACGACACAGGGGGGUAAGAUUCCAGUUCGUUGGACAGCCCCAGAAGCGCUUCAGCAUCGGACCUUCAGUUCAGCUAGUGAUGUUUGGAGCUUUGGCAUUCUAAUGUGGGAGAUCACGUCAUAUUGUGACAGACCUUACUGGAAUUGGGACAACUUCGAUGUUAUCAGGCGAGUGGAAGCUGGAUACAGAUUACCACCUCCACAGGGAUGUCCGAAAAUCAUUCAUAGUUUAAUGAUCGAAUGCUGGCAUAAAGACAAAACCAAACGGCCCAAUUUUUCUGAUAUUGUCACCCGCCUGGAUGAACUAAUUCGAUCCCCUGAAUUUCUGAAGGGUGAUUCAUCCUCUCUCCCAGAGAGUCCUAAAGCAAACCAUACCCCAGAAUUCCAGUCAGUAGAAGAGUGGCUACAACACAUCAACAUGGAGAAGUAUUCCGAAUUGUUCCGAGCAGCACGAAUCGAUGAUAUGAACAAAGUCGCUGAACUGAAGGAAAAGCAAUUGAGAGAAAUGGGCAUCAGUUUGAUUGGUCAUCGAAAUAAAAUGCAAAAGAGUAUCAAUGCUAUGAAGUCACAACAUUAUAACGGUGGCAUGGAUGCAGAUUAGUGGCUAUGAUGUAAUCAAGAAAAUGCGA